UCUGAAGCAGCUUGCAUGUGGAAAAGAAAAAUGUCGAAGGAAGUUUUCCUCUUGUUAGUGACGGUAUGUGCAGUAGUUGGAUCCGAAGACCCUUGCAUCGAUACACCCAAAGGAAAGAUAUUAGGAUCCAUAUUGACCUCAAGACUUGGUAGAACUAUUUAUUCGUUUAGAGGAAUAAGAUAUGCCAAAGCUCCUAUAAACGAAUUGCGUUUUCAGCCACCUCAACCUGUAGGAGCUUGGUCAGAUGUCUAUAAUGCAACUUCAGAUGCACCGUCGUGUCCUCAAAUUGGUUUUCGGCCUAAUAGCGAAGAUUGUCUCUAUUUGAAUGUAUACAUCACGAAAUUGCCAGACAAAAACACAAAACCAUUACGUCCAGUUAUUGUUCGUAUUCAUCCUGGAGCGUUCAUAAGUUCAACAGGAAGAAGCAACUGGUCAGGACCUCAAUAUCUUCUUGAUGAGGAUAUCGUACUGGUAACAUUCAAUUAUAGACUUGGAGUUUUAGGUUUUAUAAGUACUGGAGAAAAGGAAGCUCCAGGAAAUUUAGGCAUGAAAGAUCAAGUUCAGGUGUUAAGAUGGGUCAAGGAGAACAUCCAUUCAUUUGGAGGAGAUCCCAAUUGUGUAACAAUUUUUGGUUACAGUGCUGGAUCUAGUAGUGUUAUGUUACACAUGCUGUCUCCAAUGUCGAAAGGUCUCUUCCACAGGGCAAUCGCUGGAAGUGCUUCACCGCUCAGAACUUGGCCCACCAGAACAAACCUAUUAGAAGUGGUAAAAAGACAGGCAAGGAUUGUGGGAUGCCCAGAUAAUGUAUCGUCCGCUCAAAUUGUAGAUUGCUUGAAAUCUGUACCAGCAGAUGUUUUGGGACAAUCUGCCAGAAGUUUAGCGGAAAUAGAUAUUUUUCCGUUAGCUGCCUGGGAACCAAUUGUAGAACCAGAUUUUGGUCAGGAACGGUUUUUGGUCGACGACCCUGUCAUACAAGCGGCACAAGGUCAAUUUCAGAACGUUCCUUUUAUGACGGGAGUUAAUGUGGAGGAAUUUUCGUAUUUGGCUCGUAGUAAGUAUUAUGAAAUUUUAUCCAAAAAUGGACUCUUUGUAUACGAGGAUGUGUCGCUUAAUUUAUUCACUUUGUAUGUACUUGUAUUAAAAAUGAAGUUCUGUUUAAUUUUCACUUUGGUAACAUUUCCUCAUUUAUUAUUUGCGCACGUGCAAGAACCCAUUGCAGUAACUCCAAAAGGAAGAAUUUUGGGGACUACAUUCACAUCAAGAUUAGGGAAGACUAUAUUUGGCUUCAGGGGAAUAAGAUAUGCGAAGGCCCCAAUUAAUGAGUUACGUUUUCAGCCACCACAACCACCUGAUGAAUGGAGUGGUACCCUUAAUGCAACUACCGAUGCUCCUACAUGUCCUCAAGAAGUAAUUGGACCCACUAGUGAAGAUUGCCUCUUUCUAAAUGUUUACACAACAAAGCUUCCAACAAGGAGAUGGAAUCCUAGGCGUCCCGUAAUUGUUCAUUUUCAUGCCGGUGCAUUUGUUGGGGUAACUGGAAGGAGCAAUUGGGCAGGACCGGAAUAUUUACUUGAUGAAAAUGUGGUCCUUGUAACUCUUAAUUACCGUCUGGGAGUAUUAGGCUUUAUCAGUACAGGAGAUAAGGAGGCACCAGGAAACUUGGGUUUGAAAGAUCAAGUGCAGGCACUGAGAUGGGUAAAGGAAAAUAUUCGUCACUUUGGAGGAAACCCAAAUUUGGUAACGAUUUAUGGCUACAGUGCUGGAUCUGCUAGCGUCAUGAUGCAUAUGGUUUCUCCUAUGUCGAAAGAUAUUCUUACAAACGAGACGUUGCUAAGUCAGCUUGAUAACGAAUUCAACAAAUACGCUCCAGUUAUGCUUGUCUAUGAGCAAAAUACUCAAAGGUCCCAAAUAAUAAGCGAUGCACUUAGGAAAUUUUAUUUAGGGGACGGACCAAUAAAUAACUCAUCAUUUACGGGACUCGGACAGCUACUAAAUGAUGGUCUAACUGGAUUUGGAAUAAACAGAGCUGUAAAAGUAUUUUCAGCAAAGAACAGCCAGCCAGUGUACUAUUACGAAUUUACUUAUCAAGGACGUUACAGCCAUGUCUAUCUUCCUGGCACAAACAAUACUGUGCCUUAUGGUAAGUCUGUGGUUUAUCAUCAGAUUCAUUUAGGAGUGUUGCAAACCCCUAAGGUGUUCGGUUAUCAUCCGAUUUUGAUUUGGGAACCGGUAAUUGAACCCGAUUUUGGCCAGGAGAGAUUUUUGACCGAUUUACCUCUAAAACUUGCAGUAGAAGGUAACUUUGAAAAUGUCCCAUUUAUGGCUGGGAUUACUACUGAAGAAUUUUCUUACGCAGCGGCAGAUAUUCUUACAAACGAGACGUUGCUAAGUCAGCUUGAUAACGAAUUCAACAAAUACGCUCCAGUUAUGCUUGUCUAUGAGCAAAAUACUCAAAGGUCCCAAAUAAUAAGCGAUGCACUUAGGAAAUUUUAUUUAGGGGACGGACCAAUAAAUAACUCAUCAUUUACGGGACUCGGACAGCUACUAAAUGAUGGUCUAACUGGAUUUGGAAUAAACAGAGCUGUAAAAGUAUUUUCAGCAAAGAACAGCCAGCCAGUGUACUAUUACGAAUUUACUUAUCAAGGACGUUACAGCCAUGUCUAUCUUCCUGGCACAAACAAUACUGUGCCUUAUGGUGUAGUUCAUCACGACGACUUGAUUUAUUUGUUUUACAUUUCCACGCUCUUCCCAAAAUUCACAACUAACGAUCCCGAAUCAAAUACUGUCGACAAGAUGAUUAAAAUGUGGGCAAACUUCGCCAAGACUGGAAACCCAAUUCCUCAGCCAACAUCCCUUCUAGACGACGUCACAUGGGCUCCUUUCACUGAACAAAAUGGCAAAUACAUGAAGAUUGGGAAAAAUCUUGAAAUGGAUAAGUUUCUAAAUGCAAAAAGGUACAAAGUAUGGGAAGAUGUGCUACCACUUCCACCUGCUUCCAACAAUAGAGCACAGCGAUAAAUUGCCAAAAUUACUUAAGCGUAUAUGUAUUACGUAGUACAUUCUCGUACAGUAAUAAAUAAUGCAAUAAAUAUUCGCUACAAA